UGUAAACCCGAACAGUAUUGUUAACUAAUAAACUUUAUUUGUGUAACAAUCAAAUCUUGUUAUUUAGUUAACCCAGCAUUAAGGUUUUGAGCUGUCUGAACGUUUCGUUAUGUUUUAAUUUGAAAUUAGUACACUUUUUUGAGUAAUGAUUGUCAAUAACAUUAUAAUUUAUGAGUAUACGACGUUACGCAUUUCCUGACGUCACCAACCACGACUGGUGUCCCAGAUUCACUCUUCACGGUGCUUGAAGAUGGCGGCGCGUUAGCGGGCGAGAGCCGAAAUAAGUUCUCGAGCUAAACGGGUAAGUAGCUGUUUUUUUAUACGGAAAUUAAGAAAACACACCGUUUGGGCGUCUUUAGUUUUUCCAAACUUGAAUAUAUGACUGUAUCAGCUUGGUAAAAGUGGCAUUAGUUGUAAGCUAACGAAGCUAGCACUAUAUAUCGUUCCUGAAAUAGUUAAGCUAGGUUAGCUAGCUAGCUAGGUCUCGCCAGUCAGUCGUCAACAAAAAUACGUUUACUUCCCUGAAACUUCUCACCCCUGCUUCUAUUAGCCGUUAAGUGUUUUAAUGUUAACCUAACUAUGUAAAAUUGGCUUCCUUCCUUAUCGUUAAGUGCCCUGGUUAUAGCAUGAUAGUUAUUUAGCUAACGCUAGCUAGCUAGCGCGUUAGUUGGCGCGGUUUAGCUGCAGCGGCUAAUUCGAGAACGAAAAACGUUGCCAUUUAUUGUUAAAACUCGACCUGAUCAUGAAAUCAUGCAAGAGUUUACAACCAAUGCAAGCAGCACCACCGUCUACAAACGUCAGAUAGUUACAAAACGCACAGACGGUCUACGAGCGCUAGGCCCGCUAAGAACCACGGUGUUUCCUGCACCGCUGGCCGAAAGAGAGGUACUCCUAAGCGGUUCGCGUUGAGACCGAGUCACGGUAAGAAAAUUGUUCGCGCUAAGCUAAUUCAGUAUUUUUUUUUUUACAAUUUAGAUAAAAUGUAUGUCAUUAUUCUUAACGGGAUAUAAAAUGGUUGAUAUGUGAAUGAGUUUUUAGUUAUAUCGCACAGCCCUACUAUGUAACUUAGUUAAUGCACAACGAUAUGAACGAUUGGCAACGAAAAUUAAUAAAAUGCUUGUUUUUAAGCAAAUCAGCGCGCUAAAACAAGUUAGAAACAAAUACAAAACUUUACAUUUCUUUGUUUUUAGUUCGUAACGUUAGGUGUGGAGAAUUUCUGUUUGAAGACCCAAUUCAGUUUUCACAACAGGAAAUUCUGCAUUUCUGUACUUGCUUGUUCAAUUUAACAUGAACAUUAUCAUCCCUUUACUAGGAUUUUGUAAUUAAAUAAAAUAUCAGCAUCAAAUUAUUUUUUUUAAACCUCUAAAUUAGAUUUUAUUUCAUCAAUGUUUUUUUUUUCUUCUGCAGGAUUGUGUGCCAACAGUUUCCUUCAGUGUCAUCUAAGGUCAGAUUGUUCAAUGGCGUUGUUCGAUGGCGUGGAACUGCAAGUUGUGUUUUGUAUCCUUAGAUACCAGGGCAAAAUUAUUAAUGCACUAUCGUUUGCAACAUAGUCAUUAUUCAAGAAUUAGCCCUUUGCCGUGUCUUUAUGCCGAUUGUAUUUGCACUUUUCAUUCAUUUACUGCAUUGAAAGCUCAUUUGUCACGGUCUCAUAAGAAUGUGGGCAGAUUAGAAACAGAAGAAGCAGCACAUGUAUUUUUCUCAUGCCACAUGUGUACCUGUAAGCAGCCCUUUUCUGAAGAAGCACUGUUUGGUCAUUUGAGAAGUCACUUGCGAAAACAUGAGAUGGUACCAUGCCCAUUCAAGAACUGUAAUUACCGCACAAAUGUGUAUUCUUCAUUUAACGCCCACAAAAGUAGAAAACACAUGGGUAGUUCAGACUAUGAUGAUAGUGUGGUGUCAGCUGAGAGUGGUAGUGCUCCAGCAACAUCCUCUGCUGACUGUGACGAAGGACCUACUCAGUGUGAGAGCUCAGGCUCCUUAGACCUUCUUGAGGUUGAAAGUCAAUGUGAUGCUGGUAAUUUGAGAGCAGAGUUGCAACGCAACUUGGCAUCAUUGUUUCUAAAGAUGCAAACUGUUCUCCAUGUAUCCAACAUGGCAACUCAGGAAAUAAUAGAGCAUUUAUCUCAGAUAUUUGCACUGUCCCAGCCCCUCAUCAAGAAGACUAUUAGUGAUGUCUUGCAAAGUUUUGACGUUCCUGUUACUGAAGCAUCUAUUGAACAGGUAGUCAGUGCUGUUAUGGACAGUAACAUUUUGACCAGUUCAACAGCUGAAGGCCAAGACUUAUCUUCGGCCAAGAGACGAAAGACUUACGUUGAGAAAAAUUUCCCAGUAGUUGUGCCUACGCAGUAUGUGCUAGAGCCAGGACACACAGUUGUGCAUGUUUCAAUCCUUGAAAUGAUUCAGGAAAUGUUCAGACAUACAGACAUUCUGGACAAAGUAAAAGAGACAACAACAUCACCAAAGGGACAUUAUGUGAGUCACCAAGAUGGGUCCUAUUUUAAAGACAAUGAGCUGUUGUCUUUUUCAGAGGAUUUAACACUGCCUCUCAUCUUGUACACUGAUGACCUUGAAAUAGCAAACCCACUUGGCACUUCAAGGAAAAUCCACAAGUUAAGUGCAGUGUACUGGGUACUUGCUGAUCUGCCUGUUAAAUACAGGUCAUCCUUGCAUGUGAUUCAGCUAGCAACUUUGUGUAAAGUUUCUGACAUUCAGAAAUUUGGCUAUGAGAGAGUACUUGCUCCUCUGUUAAAAGACCUUUGUACUCUAGAAGAAGACGGUGUAUUCAUUGAGUCCAUUGGUAAGGCAGUUCGGGGGACUGUCAUGUGUGUAGUGUCUGACAAUCUAGCUGCACAUUCUCUAGCAGGCUUUACAAAGUCCUUCAGGGCAAAAUAUUUUUGCAGAUUUUGCAAAGCUACUCAAGAUCAAAUGCACACUUGUGAAGUUGGAAGUGGGGAAUUUUGUCUGAGGACAAAAGCCAGCCACGAUUUCGAUGUGCAUGCUGUGACGCAUGGGGAAAGUCAGGAUCAGUGUGGGGUUCAAGGAGAUUGUGUUCUCAACCAGAGACUGAAACAUUUUCAUACAGUCACUGGUUUUCCACCUGAUGUUCUACAUGAUCUUCUUGAGGGCAUUGUGCCCGUAGAACUUGCCCUGUGUAUAGGGGAGAUGAUCCGUUGCAAAUACUUUACUCAUGAGUAUUUAAACAAAAGGAUUCUGUCUUUUCCAUACCAGCACGCAGAUAAUGUUGACAAACCAAAGCCUAUCCCAAAAACAUUCACUGUAAAGAACACAAUAGGCGGCAAUGGUCAUGAAAAUUCCACGUUGCUUAGACUGCUCCCUUUGAUUAUUGGUGAUAAAAUUCCAGAAGGAGAUGGAGCAUGGGCAGUUCUCAUGGAUUUGAAAGAGAUAGUUGAGUUGGGGCUAUCCUUGACAUUUACAGAGGAAACAAUUCAGUAUUUGCAGACAAAGAUACAGGACCAUAGACGGAUGCUGCUGGAGGUUUUUCCUCGUUUCUCACUCCGCCCUAAACAUCACUACCUUGAGCAUUACCCUGAUCUCAUACGCUGUUUUGGGCCAGUUGUCCAGCUGUGGACAAUGAGAUUCGAGGGCAAACAUCGCUUUUUCAAGCGGGUUGUUCAGGACACACAGAACUUUAAGAAUGUGCUAAAUACAUUAGCAACCAGGCAUCAACACAUGGUAGCAUACCAUCUCAGUGCCCCGUCAUUCUUUAAGCCACACCAGCAGACAUCUAAGGUCUCAUCUGUGAUGGUGUCGAUGCUUCCUGAUAUUGCAAAGGCAUACAUUGUACAAAAAACAGGCAGCAGCAUGAUUUACAGCACAUCAAGGGUCAACAUUGAUGGAACUGAUUAUGAUGUGGGAAUGUUUGUGUCAGUGGGACAGGUGGGAGAACUGCCUCUGUUCUGCAAAAUUGAACAGAUAUUUCUUGUUAACACUGAGGUUGUUUUUCUUUGCCAAAAACACACAUCACACUACAUUGAACACCUGCGGUCAUAUGAACUUUUCCCAGGGAGUUUGACAGUUCACACAGUAUCGCAGCUCAAUGACCAACUACCUCUCUCUGCCUACAACACACAAGGAAGACUACUCAUUACACCGAAACGAUACAUUUUAGUGUAGAUCACAUUAUACAACAUGUAUUCCUGUAUGUAUAUUUCACGAAUUACACAGGAUGAUGGCAGUUUGAAGAGACAUCCUUAUACAGUGGCGUUAAAAAGUAUUUGCCCCACUUACAGAUUUCUUUUCUUUUUGCGUUUUUGUCAUACUUACAUGUUUCAGAUUAUCAAACAAACUUUAAUAUCCAACAAAUAUAACCUGAGUAAAUAUAAAAAACAGUUUGUUUGAUAAUCUGAAACAUUGUAAGUAUAACAAAAACGCAAAAACUAAAAUCUGUAAGGGGGCAAAUACUUUUUCACGCCACUGUAUACCAAUCAUUAUGACCAUUUUUUCAGCGCCACUGAUCAUAUAGGACCAUUUGUAGAUCUCUAAUCACAGGUUGUAGUCCUUCUAUUGAUCUGCAUACUUUAUUAUCCUGCUUUCACUCUGUUCUUCAAUGAUUAGGACCCCAGAGAUAUGAGUGGAUCAGACGGCACAGUGCUGUCACUGCUGGACUGAAUAGUUUACAAUGUCAUAUAUGCUUAGUGGAGCUCCAAAGAUGUGUAAUGGGUAUAGAAACAAGGUGGUGUUCAUAUUAGUCUAGUCAGUGUAUAAUUUGCUUUAAUCAAAAUGCAUGUAUCUUUUUAUUGUGUGUUGAAACAGAACAUUGGCACUGAGAUGGCUACUCCACAAAAAAUUGUACUCCGUGUACAUAUUGCCACAGACGUCGCCAUGAAGCUCACUCUAAAUG